AUGGUGUUGAAGAUCAAUAUCUUGUCAAAUGAAUUUGUGAGGCCAUCCUUUCCUACAAAGGAUGUCUUAAAAAAAUAUCCAAUCUCCAUGUUGGAUCAAUUCAUCCCUCCUUUAUUCAUCCCCGUAAUUCUCUUUUAUUCCCACGACGAAACGAGUCGCACCACGCAACAUGACAUGUCUUCCCGCCUGAGAGAAUCUCUCUCCGAUACCUUGACAUUGUUCUUUCCUUUGCCUUUGGCUGGGCGACAUAAAAAAGGUGACAACUCGGUAGAUUGCAACGACAUGGGGGUUCGAUAUAUUGAGGCGAAAGUGGAUUCCUUGAUCAUGGACGUGAUCGGAUGCGAUGAAGCAACAGUUCUUGAUCAACUCAUCCCCUUAAUGCAUCAGAUCCCAUCAGAAUUCGAUGAAGAAGAAUUGAUCGCAAUCCAAGUUAACUACUUUAAUUGCGGAGGCGUUGCCAUCGGGGCUUUCAUUCCACAAAAGAUUGCCGAUGGUUGCUCAUAUUUCUCAUUCAUUACGUCAUGGGCUACUAUCUCUCGCGGAGAUAACAUUGUGGUGAAGCCUAGCUUCAUCUCAUCAUCACUCUUCCCGCCCACAAAGAAUUUUGUGUACCAUAAUCCUCAAUUUGAGUUCGGGGAAGAGAGGCUUGUCACAAGGAGGUUUGUUUUUUAUGGUAGUCAAAUAAAAACAAUGCGAGCAAAAGCAAAAACCGAUCAUCCGGAUAUGGGUGAGCCCACGCGAGUGGAGGUCGUCUCAGCUUUCAUAUGGAAGUAUGCUUCGGGCGAUAAGCGUGGGAAACAUUAUGUUGCAUCUCAAAUUGUGAACCUAAGGACUCGAAUGGUGCCUCCAGUACCAGAGCACGCGUUUGGGAAUCUGAUCGGGUUGACAUAUGCAAUUUCUUGCUAUGAUGAUUCGGACUUAGCAAUCUUUGCUAAGAAUGUGAGGGAGGGAAUCAAGAUAAUAGACGACGAGUACAUUCAACAACAUUCGACAGGUUCGUGGGGGAGGAGGGAUACACGCUGA